UCGUCACCGUCAACAAGUCGUUAGUUGGAUGGGAGUCUUGGACGGUGCAAUUUGCUGACCUGCUCCUCUUUCUCUAUCUUUACCAUCUCUCUCCUCUCUGAUUUGGCGAUAUAAUAUUUGUCUUCUCGACAGCUUUCGAACUUUCAAACCCCUCUCCUUCUUCCAACUACAUUUUCUCUCUCCACGAGUACACUCUUUACCGUUUCGAUUAUCCGAAAGUAAACCCUUCUCCAUUUCUUGUUAUCCGAAAAAACAGUGGGUUCCCAAGUUGCUAAUUCUUUGGAAAUUCUUUUUUUCCUUUCCGUGAUGAUUUGUUUUCAGAGUUUUCUUGGAUGCUUUUAGCAGAGUCUUGGACUUUUCUUCUUGGAGUUUUGUGUUUGGUCCCAGGGAUUCUAGUGGGUUUUGAUUCUUUGCAAGAUAUGAAGAUCGCUGAAGAAGAUCAAGAAUUAUCAAGAAGACACUCUUUUGGGAUUUUGAAGAUUGUUCGUUUUUAGGGUUUGUGGUUCCGUUGUCUCUUUUCUCUUUCAUGAGUGAGUCAUCAUUAAGGCUUCGAAUUCACAAGUGGAGCAUCAUUAAAGAGUAACUGGAUAGUUUCUGGUUCAUCUGCCCAAAGAAUUCAGAGGAUUUAUCAGUUGAUCUCUGGGAAAUAAUACAUAGGGCAUUAUGGUAGCAAAAGACCAUCAAAAUACUAAAGGAUCUCCAAAAGUGGAGGUUGGAGAGAUAGAUACCCGGGCGCCAUUUCAAUCUGUCAAAGAUGCUGUCAAUUUAUUUGGUGAAGGUGCUUUUUCAGGGGAAAAACCCGCCAUUAAGAAGGCAAAACCUCAGUCUGCAGAGAGGGUAUUGGCAAAGGAGACACAGCUUCACCUGGCCGAGAAAGAGUUGAAUAAGUUGAAGGAACAACUGAAGAAUGCUGAAACCACAAAAGCCCAAGCACUUGUGGAGCUUGAAAGGGCUAAAAAAACGGCUGACGAUCUCACGCAAAAGCUCAGAACUGUUAGUGAGUCUAAAGAAUCAGCAAUUAAGGCAACAGAAGCUGCAAAGAAUCAGGCAAAGCAACUUGAAGAUGCAGGCUGUGGCAAUCAAGCAGGAACUGAUGGUGCUUGGAAAGAGGACUUGGAAACUGCAAGACAGCAAUAUAUGGUUGCAAUCACUGAACUUGAUACUGCAAAACAGGAGCUAAGGAAAAUUCGUCAAGAUUGUGAUGCAUCUGUGGAAGCAAAAGCUGCUGCCAUCAAGCAUGCAGCAGAAGCGGAGCUUGCAGCCAGAGCAAAUGUGGACAGAGCUGGUGAGCUAUCUAAGGAAAUAACAGCUGUACAGGAAUCAAUGGACCAGGUGCAGCUUGCAACUGUGCAAGCCCAGCAAGAGGAAGCAAAGUUAUAUGCUGAAAAGGAUAUUCAGAAGCAGACAUAUAAAGUUACCCGUGAAGAGUUAGCUAAUAAAAUGCUUGCUUUGAAGAAAGAGAUUGAUUCUCAACUGACCAAAAAUCUUGAAACUCAGCUGGCGGAAACAGUGUCAGAAAUUGAAACCCGACAAAAAGAACUUGAAACUACAAGGACUUCGGAUCUUGAUUUUGUGAGAACUGUCACUUCUGAGCUUGAUGAUGCUAAGGAGUCACUGCAUAAAGCGGCAGAAGAGGAAAGCUCUCUCCGAAGUUCGGUGGAGUCCCUUAAGCUGGAGCUGGAGAAUGUGAAGAAAGAGCACUCUGAACUGAAGGAGAAGGAAACAGAAACUGAAUCCCUUGCUGGGAAUCUGCAUGUCAAGCUCCGGAAAACUAAGUCUGAGCUUGAAGCAGCGCUUUCAGAAGAAUCCAAAGUACGAGGUGCUUCUGAAGAAAUGAUUUCUGCACUCCAACAGCUACUAACUGAAAGUGAAAAUGCGAGACAUGAAGCAGAGGAGAUGAAGCAGCAAGCUGAAGGGUUGAAGAAAGAAGCUGAAGCAACCAGAUCCGUGCUGGAAGAAGCAGAAAAGAAGCUAGGAGUUGCAUUAGAGGAAGCAGAAGCAGCAAAAGCAGCUGAGGCGAGGGCUCUUGAUCAGAUUAAAAUUUUAUCUGAGAAAACUAUUGCUGCUCGUGCCUCAACUUCCGAGUCUGGUGCCCAGAUCACAAUAUCAAGAGAAGAGUUUGAGGCGUUGAGCCGGAAGGUUGAAGAAUCUGAUAAAUUGACUGAAAUGAAAGUGGCGGCUGCAAUGGCUCAGGUGGAGGCUGUGAAAGCUGGUGAAAAUGAGGCCCUUCAGAGGUUGGAGGCCACUCAGAAGGAGGUCGAGGACAUGAAAGCUGCUACUCAGGAGGCUUUGAAGAAGGCAGAAAUGGCUGAGGCAGCCAAGAGGGCUGUGGAAGGUGAACUUAGGAGGUGGCAUGAACGCGAGCAGAAGAAGGCAGCUGAAGCUGCAGCUCGGAUUCUGGCAGAAACAAAGAGUUCCUCGGAAUCAUCACCAGGCAACUGUCGAGUUCAGAAACAGAACCCACCUGAAAAAGUCGUGGAGGUCCGAAAAUUGGAGAAAUCAAAAACUUCUGUUUCAAAGAAAGUACUUUUGCCUAAUCUCAGCGGUUUCUUUUAUAGGAAGAAAACCACCCAAGCUGAAGGUGGUUCUUAUCUGCCCGGUGAGAAGCCUGUGUGAUUUUGUGUCUCAUCCAAGUUUUAUAAAAGUAAGAAUGGUCGACGGGAACACUUUUAUGACUUGGUUUGUGUAGAUCUGAGACAAGUAUUUUUGUUUGUUGUUUGAAAGCAACUUCAUGAAAAGUAACUGGCGGUAGACUAGAUAUAAUUGCUUGGAAAUUGCAGUACAGUCUAUUUAAGUUUUUGGAUGACGAGUGUGUAGAUUGUGCAUUCUAUGAUUGUUGAUGUUUGCGUGUUGUACCAUAGCAAUACAAUUUCUAUUGUCUUUUUCACCUUUUGAUGUGAAUAACCUUAAUAAGCAUACAAAGCGCAG